AUGAGGAGAGAAAAUCAACACAAGAUGAUAAAGAACUUCAAAUCUAUUACAUUGCUUUACCUUGUGUUGGCAUCCAUAACAGUUGCAUUUGAAGAAGAGAAAUUCCCUUGGAAAAGUUUUUUUAAAAAGACAGGAAUUUCGGAUGUUGAUAAGUAUCUGUGUUCAAGCAAUACUACAUUUCCUCGUCGCUGUAAAUGCAAUGAAAACUGUUGGGCUUUCAACAAAUGCUGCAUUGACAAACUGUGGAACGAAACUGACCCGAUUCCGUUACAUGAAUAUUUAAGUCGAUUUAUUAAAAGAAGCAAGUUAUCUAUAAAUCAGAUGAAUAGAUUGCAAAACACCAGUAUUCUUGGAAAAUCAAACGUGUUUAGUUCCAUCUCAACAUGUACAGACAUGUCAAAGAUAAAGAAUGUUCAAGGUUGUUUAAACAAAAAUAACAGCACCUCUGUGGAAUAUUUAGUACCAGUAGAAGGGGCAGAUGGUUACGUGUACAAAAACAUCUUUUGUGCAAACUGCAACAAUGUAAAAAGUUUUCAAUUCGUUAGUAUUAAUUUAAUAUGUUUAGGUGUUGAUAUUCCGACGUAUGAAGACUUAAUAAACCACCAAGAUUGCCAUAUAAGUGUGGACACAGCAAAUAAGGAGAGAUAUAUAGAAAACAGGUGUGAUAAUUGUCGCAAUGAAAAUAAAAAAACUUUUGAAUUAUGCAAGGCUUUUAAUGGACGGGAAGUAAACAACCCAGAUGAUUAUAAAAAUUGCAGAAAAUAUGUCUUUCGACUUCCACAAAGAACAUCUACAUUUUUUCCUAUAAUCAAAAUUAAAAACAUUGAAGAUUUUUUUAUUUCGUACAAUAAACAACAUGAUUUCUACUUAACUGCUACAAAAUCAUGUUAUGGUAACAAAAUAUUUGAUAUGGUUAAACAAGCUUGCGUUAAAACAUUUUGUCCUCUAGAAUACACUAGAGUUGAUAACACUUGUGUUAGAAAAAACAAAAUAUCCGUUGCAGCAAAUACAAAUCCAAUGGGCACGAGUUGGACGAUGGAAAAUAUAUCAAUUUAUAUUAUUUUAAAGAAAAAAGAGCUCGAUUUUCAAAUCGACCCUCAACUGGCAAAGAAUAUGAUAAAAAACUACACCAACUUGGAUGUGAAUAAUUUUAUCCAGAAAGAAGAUGAAAUCGUCUAUACGCAAUACAGGCGAAAUAUGAGCCACAGUUUCAACAUCACAAAAGCAUUGUCUGCCAUGCCGCACUAUGACAUGAAAAUAUUUUUAACAAGCGGAACACCUAUCUAUCUUCCAGUCAACAAGACGUUUUUCCCUGUCUUAAGAUUCCCCAACAACAGUUUGUGCGCUCGACCAGAGUUGGUCGAAAAGAAAAAGUUAAUUAAUUUUCAGUUAUACAAUGCUUUACAAUUAACCAACACAACUGGCAAUACAAGUUUCUUUAUUUCAAUUUCAAAAGAAGGAAUAUUUCGCAUGGAAUACUUAUGCAAAGAAUUCUUUUUGAAAACAAAUUGUUUGUUGACUGACGUAACUCAAAAAUUUAUGAUAACGUCGAACCUUACUUUAAAGAUUGAAGGAGAGAAGAGAUUUUAUUCGCCAUCAGAAUAUACGCUGAUUGACAAAAGUGUUGCUGUUUGUGUUAAUAACCAAAACAUGCCACCAACCACACAGCAUGUUAAUGCACCACCAUGGCAAGCUACUGUGAAAGACGUCUUAUUUAAAGAAUUUAUAAUUGGAACUUCAAUAAGCAUCAUAUGUUACAUUUGGUUGCUGCAUAAAAUUAUUAAAAACUGCAGCUGUUAUGUGGCGCAGCAGAAUAUGGCAGCUUUGUGUUUUUCUCUACUUGUUUCUGACAGUUUGUUUUUCCUUCACGUUGUUCAAUUUCAAAGAAUUAAGAAUUAUUGUUGGACAAUAGCUGUAAUUCUUCAUUGGUUAUUUCUCGUCACGCAUAUGCUUGUUGUCGUAAUUGCUUACGAGUUUUUGAUGACAUUUCGUCAGAAAAUGAAUGUCCAACAAUCCAAGAGUAACAAGCGUUUUAUGAAGUAUUGUAUAUUUGCGACAUUGCUGCCCGCUUCUCUUGUUACCAUAUUAGCUGCAACAGAUAAGUACCAUGUUCUACAAAUUGGUUAUGGCAGUGUUGAAAGUAUUUGCUGGAUUGAAAACAUGUACGCCCGGUUGUUUUCCUAUAUUGUACCGUUUGUUUCUGUUUGUUUCUUUGCUUCAGGAGCACUUCUUAUUGCAGUCAGAAAUAUUCAAAUUGUAAAGAAAAACUGUGCAAUGGCAAUGAAUGGGACAAUGAAUGAUGGCAACAAAACAGCUAAACUUGCUUUGAAAUUGAUUGUUAUUCUUGGCAUUGUUGAAGUGAUUGGUAUCAUUCAAAUUGCCAAAGACAAUUUAUCAGAAAAAGAGCAAAUUUUUAAUGCUGUUUUUCAACUAAUUUACAACACAUUGAGAAGUUUCAAAGGACUUCUAUGGUUAGUAACUGCAUAUUAUACACGACCAAGGGAUUUGCAAAAGAGAUUUUUGUCAAGAAUAUCUGGAAGAAAAAAUAGCUUCACAUUGCAGAAACCAACGGAACAAAGAACAAAACUUUAAUAUUGCAGCUUUUAUUUUAAUGUAUAGACUCAAAUUCAAAUGAUUAUAAUUUAUUUAUUUAUUUAUAUUUAUUCAUAUUUAUUUAUUAUUUAUUUAAAAAAUGUAAAAGAAAAAUACUAACAGAUCUUUGACAUGAUUUAUUAAAUUGAUGUAGGGGUAGCAGCUUUUUAUAAGGCGCAAGUACUGUUUUUUCAGAAAAGAGAUUUAGUUUAAUUCAGUCAUUUGAAGCUACCGUAACUUCAUUCUAUGAUCCCUUCCUCAUAAAAAUUAGCAAUAUAAUAAUGGGAAAAGAAGAAACUAUAUUAAUCUUAAAUUUUAAUAUAGGAAGUCUUAAAUAUAUUCUGUAAUGGUGUUGGAGGUCGUUGCAGCCCAAAUAAUGUCAGGUUUCUGCUGCUGAUUUCGUCUUUGACAGCACAAGAGGUGCUCCUGAAAUUAUUGUGACAGGAAUGUCUACUAACAAGUAAAGUUUCAGGCUGGUGUGACAGGAUUAUAUUAUGAAUUAAUUGGGAAUUACGUUGAGUUUAAGUAGCCUGAGAGGUUGAUUUUUAUUUGGUUUGACAAUAGAUAGUAUUGACUUUUAGUAUAGUACUAUUCGUUAAC